GUAAAAACCCACCGUCGAGAUGCCAACGAACGAAGAGACGUAUUGUGAUGCCCUAGGGCCAUCCCAUUGUGUCGAGGGUAUUAACGACGUGUCCAGUGAUUACGAGGAGAAAUCGACAUGUGGUGAUCAGAGAGGCAUCAUGAAGUGUCACCUCAAUGGAUUUAACCAAGAUGAGCUGUUUGAUCAGUUCGAAAGCACACCAACAAGAUCGAAACACGAGAAAUUUCUCAGGGAUUUCUUCGAAAUUGUUCUCCAGGAUGCCGUUUUCGAUGGCACUUCGCGCAAGACCAAGGUCGUUAACUGGGUGGAUCCAGAGCGACUCCCAUCGACGAUAAAUCUCCACCUGGACAGAACAGGUAUCACCCACGAGGAGCUAUUGAAUCUGGCACGAGGUGUCAUCAAGUACAGCGUCAAAACUGGAAAUCCAAAAUUUGUCAAUCAGUUAUUUUCGAGUGUAGAUCCAUAUGGUCUGGCUGGUCAGUGGCUGACAGACGCCUUGAACCCAUCAGUCUACACCUACGAGGUAUCCCCAGUGUUCUCCGUGAUGGAGAGCGAGGUUCUCCGGGAAAUGCGAAAGAUCGUCGGUUGGAUGGAUGGAAAGGGCGACGGAAUCUUCUGCCCAGGGGGUUCCAUGGCCAACGGUUACGCUAUAAAUCUAGCUCGACACCACAAAUUCCCUGGGUUAAAGGAAACUGGACUCUCGGGAGCGCAACAAUUGGUUGUCUUCACCUCUGAAGACGCUCACUACUCCAUUAAAAAGCUCGCAGCUUUCCUGGGGAUCGGAACAAAGAACGUCUACGAGGUGAAGGUUGACAGCAGGGGGAAGAUGUGCCCUGAGGAUCUCGAGGAGAAGGUGAAAUCGUGUCUGGAGAAUGGAGCUGUGCCCCUGAUGGUAUCAGCAACGUCAGGAACUACUGUACUGGGGAGUUACGAUCCUCUGAAACAGAUUCACAAUGUUUGCAAGAAGUACAACAUGUGGAUGCACGUGGAUGCUGCCUGGGGAGGGGGUGCCCUAAUGUCCUCCAAGUACAGAAGACUUCUGGAUGGUGUCGAAUUGGCUGAUUCUGUCACGUGGAAUCCUCACAAGCUACUAGCAGCACCUCAGCAAUGCUCCACGUUGCUGACUAAACACGAGAAUCUUCUCCAAUCUGCUCACAGCUCCUGUGCAACUUAUCUCUUUCAGAAAGACAAGUUCUACGACACGUCCUUCGACUCUGGGGACAAGCACAUCCAGUGUGGGAGAAGGGCUGAUGUCCUCAAGUUUUGGUUCAUGUGGAAGGCAAAGGGAACUGCUGGAUUUGAGGCACAUGUUGACAAGGUUUUCUACUUGUCGAGAUAUUUCGUUGGGCUGAUCCGUGGCAGGGUAGGGUGGAGGCUUCUUCAAGAACCUGAAUGCACCAAUGUCUGCUUCUGGUAUGUCCCCAAAUCGAAGAGAGGACUAAAGGGCGAAGAGUUGGAACGAGAGCUGCACAGGAUUGCACCGAUUAUCAAGGAGCGAAUGGUGAAGAAGGGAUCGAUGCUGGUGACUUAUCAACCACUUCAUGGAUUACCGAAUUUCUUUAGACUUGUGCUGCAGAGCUCUGGACUCACUGAGGGCGAUAUGAGGUAUUUCGUCGAAGAGUUUGAGACUCUGUCCGAAAAUCUCUAAUCAAUUAAUAAUCAUUGUACAGUUGUAGAUAGGGAAAAAUAUCGUAACAUAAUUCUCUAAGCAUUUUGUAAGUUAGUGCUAAUAAAUGAGGUAUUGAAGGUACAGAAUUCUCAUCAUAAACUCAUUAACUGGAAAUAUUUAUUCAUUUCCGAAUGGUUUUCUGUUGAGCAAUUUCUGACUCACGUUAGAUUUCCAUUAUGGAAAUCAGAUUACUCCACAAGAUAAUUACAUAUCAUAACCGUGGCUAAUGACUUCGAUGGACUUCAGCAAUUAUAACUCAGUAUUUAUGAAUUCAAUAACGAAGUGGUAAAGUGAGAUAAUGAAGUGGUAGAAUUUUUUUCUUAUCAGGGAGUAAGACGAAGGCCAACAUGAAUUAUUAAAAUAAUACAGAUUCCAAAGGGUUAUACCACUCCAUAGUAUGAGCUCCACAAUACGGACAAUCUAGACGAUUCUAAUUGAAAAAGUUAAUUAAACAAAACGUUUGGGGGUAAUAAAGAAGUUUAUAACACGUGAUUCAUCGAAAUUGAUUAACGUCUCUUUAUUCAAUCCAUUAAUUAAUAUUAAAAUUAUUGUUAUUGUUCUCUUUUUUCACAAUUGAAUUCCAUCGAACGAUAAUACAAGCUAUGUACAAAUAAACGGGAUUCAAAAUCUCCAACAUUUACAAGCGUAGAAUACCUACAAAA